AUGCAACUUCCUCCAAAAGUUAAAAUUUUCGCUUGGAAAGCGAUAAAUGAUGCACUCCCAGUUGCAACAUCAUUGGUUAAACGGAAGGUAAUAACAGAUGCCACCUGCUCUGUCUGUCAACAAGCGUGGGAAUCGAUUGGACAUGCUCUUUUCACUUGUACGUAUGCUCGUGCAGUUUGGAGGCACUCUGGAUUGUUGUUUGAUUGGCGUCUUUCUUCUGCAACGUACAAAGGUGAUUAUAUAUGCCAUCUUUCCACAAUAUACUCCAAACCUGAAAUGGAACAAAUUAUGUGCACUCUUUGGGCUAUUUGGACUGAACGCAAUCAAGUGGUGCAUAAUAAAAAAGCUAAACUAGCACAAGCCACAGCCAGCUUUGCAUUGACUUACUUGAACAACUACAAAUCUGCCCAGUCCAAAUACCAACCGGCUGCUUCUUCAGAUUUUUCAAACCAGCAGCUUCAGCAACAUCUUUUGCCGACUGUUCGACCACCUGCUGCUCCCCCGUGGCAGCCUCCUCCUGCUGGUGCUUUCAAGUUAAACGUCGAUGCGGCUGUUGACACCUCCAAAAAUGUCACGGGUGUUGGUGCUGUCAUUCGCGCAUCUUCGGGAUCGGUUAUAGCUGCACUCUCCAAGCAGUUAGUGGGCAAUUUCAAGUCUCAUGAAAUGGAAGCUUUGGCUCUUUUUCAUAGUUUAAACUGGGCUUUACAACAACAAUUGCCUUUGUCCCAAGUUGAAACCGAUGCUCUCAUGGUGGCUACAGCUUUGCAAGCUCCCUUCAAUUCAAAGUCUGCUUUUAAUGAUAUACUUGUAGACAUCUCUUGUCUUUUGUCCUUUUUCCCAAAUGUAACUGUAUCACAUGUCAAACGCACUGCCAAUCAGGCGGCUCAUGGUUUGGCAAAGUUUGCAUUAGGGGUGGAUGAGACAUGUUAUUGGUUUGAGGAUAUCCCUCAUCCUAUUUACUCUGUUAUUGUAGAUGAACUCUUUGUUUAA